AUGACUAAUCAUAUUUGGAGUAUUGUUACGAAAAGAAAAUCAUUGUGGGUGGAGUGGGUGCACAGUUACAGGUUAAAAGGUAAUAGUUUCUGGUUAUCUAAAAUUAUUUCCAAUAGUUGCUACUCGUGGAGAAAGCUCCUUCAACUUAGACCGCAAAUGAGAGAUUUUUUCUGGUCGGAUGUUGGUGAUGGUACACGGACCUCGGCUUGGUUUGAUUAUUGGUGCGAUAUAGGGCCGCUCGGCAACUUUAUCUCCCCUAGAACCAUUGCUAAUGCAGGAUUUCGAUUGGAGGACUCGGUGUCUGACAUUCAGUUAAAUGGAGAAUGGAAAUGGCCGGUUGCUUGGAGGGAUUUAUUCCCAGUCUUAAUUCAGCUAGAUCAAUUCCACGUAACCCCGAACAAAAUUGACAGAAUCAUGUGGCGUGAUGGUAGUGAUCGGAAAGAUUUUUCGACUUCAUGUGUAUGGAAUACGAUUCGGCAUAAAGAAACGGAAGUAGCAUGGAGCACUAUUGUUUGGUUUACCCAAUGUAUCCCGCGGCACGCGUUUCUCAUGUGGCUGAUCAUGCGAGGUAAAUUACUUACGCAGGAUAAAAUUCUAAGCUGGGAUUUGUCUAGACGGAAAAAUAUGAACAUGAUGUGUUGCUUAUUGUGCUAUGCAAAUCAUGACUCCCAUAGUCAUUUGUUUUUUGAAUGUAACUACUCGGCUAAAGUUUGGGAUAUGGUGAAAUGUAAGGUGGGUAUGGACUCGGUUCAACCUAAAUGGGCUGAUAUUGUGAAUUGGUUACUUGUUCGGUCCAACUCUAAACUAGCCGCGGAUUAUGUUGCUAGAGUGGUGGUUGCGGCUACGGCUUAUGUUGUUUGGCAGGAACGCAAUGCUCGGAUCUUUAAAAAUCAACUAAGACCGCCAGAAACUGUUGGUGCUCACAUAAUACAGCUGGUUCGAUACAAGUUAAUGGGAGCAAGACUGAAGAAUACUGGUAAUGUUCGAAGACUAUUGAGCGAAUGGGAAGUCCAUGGCAAAGAGAUUUUGGACGAUGGGGGCUGA